AUUACAGCCCAACGAGCGCAAAGAAUUUUCACUUCGAAAGGCAAUAAAGUGAAAAAUAAAUAAAUAACUAAGUAGUGAAAUGAAUAGAUAAAGUGAAACAUUAUUGGAAUACAGUGUAACAGCAGUAUAAGGAAAAAUUAAUUUCCAGUAAGUCAGUCCUGUUAUAAAAAGGAGACCCGUGUACAGAUCGAUAUCGAUAUUUCUCGAAGAAAUAUCUCGAAAAUGCGUAAGCGUAAGACAGAAACCGAAGCGACAUCUGUCGAUUAUAUUAGUCGCACAUUGGACUGGAACAAAUGAACCGGUAGAAACCAUCACAUUUGGCAACGUGUUUGAGUGUUUUUAUCCUAUUAUAAAAAGGAGAUACUUUAUAAUCGUGAAACAUCAUGACAUCUCCACCUAUUAAAUAUACGACCAACAGAGCCAUUGAUCGUUUCAAUGUUGGAGCUACACUCAUGAAAAUCAUCGGCUACGUCGACUGCAUUGAAGGCCUGAGGGAGUUGCCAAAAUCUCCAUCUAAGUGGAUUCACAAGUGCAUUUUAAAUAACAAUGAUGGCAGAAGCGUUCGCAUACUUUGCUGGGGGGAUGAUGCUCUCAAAUACAAGGAUGAGAUCAAGAUGUAUCAGAUAAUAAAAAUCACUGGAGGGAUUAUUAAAGCGGCCAAUCCACAGUAUCGGCGAUCAACGGACACUGAGCGACAAAGAAUUCCAAUUUGGACGUGGGAGCACUUUCGACAUCCGUGGCACAUUUAACAAUACGAAUGGAGCUGACAAUGGAAGGUCGAAGGUCAUCUCAUAUAAAAAAUUGAGAUGGAGAACGUUUGUGCUGCUUGCGGGCCAGUCCAGAUCACUGGAUGGCUGAAAGAGCCAUUCAGAAGCAUUACCACGGUAAGUGGUUCGAGUUAUGGAUGUGGCAUGUUUUGAGAGAAGAUUUGAUCAAGCGAAUCAAAAUGACCAUUAAAGGUCGAGUUGAUUGUCGUGGGGAUGGUUUUGUUCUGAAUAUUAACAGCAUGGAUGACAUCGCAGUCCUGACUGAGGAUGUAGCCCUCAAUGAAGAUGAGUUGGAUGAUGCUGUCGAAGCACCUCCUCUCAUUCUCAAACGAGGGCCAGCUGAAUCUGCAUCUGGAGAGGCGAUAGACGUCGCGAAUAAGAAACUGAAAGCUGAAUAGCUUUAAUGACGUGCUAUUUACUCUGGAAGUUCAAUUGCAAAAUUGAAAAUUUUUUCUAUAACAAGUCCUAAACUGUUAUUUUUUCACACAAAAAUUGAGUUCUAUAACAAGUUUAACACUGUUAUUUUUUUACGCAAAAAUUGAAUUCUAUAACAAGUUUAAUACUGUUAUUUUUUUACACAAAAAUGAAACAUUGACAAGCUUGAGCUCUUUAAGAAUCUGAUUUUUUACUUUUAAAGACUGCCAACUUCAUAGCAGUAAGGUUGAUACUCAUUUAGCUUUAACAACCAAAACAGAUGGAUUUAUAAUAAUCUAUUCAUUAACAUUAGUAUUUAUUCAGAAUUUAUUUCAAUAUGUGGCCCUGUUUUUGAAGAAAAAGUAUUACUAAACAUUUGUAUUUUUUAUAUAUAACAGAGAAAACUGAAGACUAAUUAAUUUUAUGAUUAAAAUAGAUAAAGCUCUCCGGAAUCACAGAUAAGUGAUACAAAGGAUGUAUUCAUGUUAAUGUUUGUUCAUAG